UAAGAUUUUUUGUUUGUCGUCUAUAUCCCCCCGCCCCCCUUUGAGCCCGAUGGCCAAAGUUGUCCCUGUCUCUUCCCCCCUCACUCAGACUUUUCACUCAAUCACUUGAGUGUGAUUUUUCUCUAUCCCAGAUGCCAUCUAAGGCCCUUCUCUACCCACCACUGGCUCUGGGCGGGCCCCCUUACUGGCUCUGGGCAGGCCCCCCCACUACGCCCUGGCUCUGGGCAGCCCCAUACCCCUGUUACACCCUGGCUCUGGGCAGGCCCCAUUCCCCCUCCCUCUUAUGAGGCUAAUAAUGUUGCUUUAUUUUGAAGGCAGAGGGGGUAUUUUCUACACCCCCAACCCAUUAAACCCUCUUUUUCUUUCUAUUACGGAUUUGAGAUGGCUUUAUACUUUUUUCUUUGAGCCCAGGUAGAAUAGUCAUCUUCAUUCUCACUCCACCUGCACACAAUCCCCCUGCUCUCUCUCUUUAGUCCCACAAUGCUCUUCUCGCUGACCUCUCCACCUCCGGUCAGCCCCCCUCCCCUCACAGGAAGAAAGGCUGGGCUUUACAAAUUGGUAGCAGUAAUUAUGGUUCUGAUGGAUAUUUUAUAAACACAUAAAACAAUAAAAAAGUAAACAAAGGUGGUUUUGGAGGGAUAAUGCUGGCUCGGUCUUGGAAGGAUAAAUGAACUGAUUAAGUUAGUUAAUCUCUUUGCAAUGCAAAAGAUAAGAUGGCCUCUAACCAAACCACAUCACUCCAGUUAUUUAACAAAAAAAUGGACCACCCCACCACCCAAUCCAGUUGUACCACUACCCCCUACCCAUGCAGAUUUGCUAGUCUUCUUGUAUCUUAUGGGGUGCCCUCUGACCCCUUUAUCUACUCUUAAGCCAUUUUAUGUCUAUCCCAUCUCCCUGUUAUGAUAUCUGUACCUUCCCUGGGUUGGGUGAAAGCUGGAGUUGACAUCUUGCUAGGUGACCUGGUGCCAGGCCAUCUUAUUUGGUGCCAGAAGGGGGAGGAGCUCCAGGGAGCUGCCAGCUCAUCGCCGGGCCAGCCCCCCUGCACUGUUGCUCCUUCCCCCCGCGCGCUCGCUAGGGCCGGUGGAGUGUGCGCGCUAAGAGCUGCCUUCCUGACACCCCAGCUACGCCCCCAAGCUGACAGCUCCCUGCUGUCUUAGAGUGGAUAAAUAGAACAGUCAGGACUGUACCACAUUUUCAUACUGUCACACACACCCCUCCUUACAAGAGCCUAGUACGUUCCGAUGCUGUGUCAGGCAGACAGCUCACAAACUGCACUCCGCCGCCCGCGUUCAGUUGGCUUGGGUAGAGAGAAACACGCAUGCGCAGCAACCAGCGCUGACCUCUUUAUUUCAGAGCUACCUAUGGAGGCUUCUAGAUGCCCAAACAUUACACACUGAGGCUUUUCUUCUCACUCCCCAUUGGCCAGGAUUCAAGCACAACAGGACAAAGAAAAAGCCAACCAUUCAAAAAAAAAAACCUUUUUGAAGAAGAGGUUGAAGGAAAAGCGUAUGCUAUGACAUAUUAUUCCCAGAGAAAUGUCAUCAGCUCAUUUGAUGAAGAUCAAGCUAGUUAUCCUCCCUCCUUUCUCCUAGCUUGACCAAACUAUUAAUAUUAUGAAACGCAUUAUCAAAGCCUUUCUUCCCUCCUGCCCCCCCCCCCACCCUCCCCUCCUGAAACAUCCAUUAUUUUUCUUAGAAAAUACAGGAAAAGUUGCAUGAGUGUAAACAGCAGGUUGUCUUUUGUAGUGCUUUUUUUAAAGGACGUUGUAAUUACUUUCCAUAUGAGAAUUAAAAUAAUUGUGUAUUGUUUUGCGGAACUUUUACUAACGCUCUUGUUUUAUUUUGUCUCUUGGUUUUUUUUUUUCCACGACUGAUGAUGUUAUUUAGAAGGUUGUUUCAGGUGGGUGAUGACAUUACUCCUGCUACCGUACCCUAGGUGCCCUGGCUGAAACACGGAUCACUAGGGCAGCAUCAGUCCUCAACCACCAGCUGCUGAGGUUGCCGCCCGCCCCUCUGACAAACAAUAUGGUAACGGGUUUGUAACUGCCAGCGAGAGAGAAACCAUGAACUACUACGUUAUGCCUGAGCAAGAAGCUCCUCUGUCUUGUGGCAGAGACUCUGAAGAGCAGAGAAACAAAACAAGAAAAGUUAAACAAACAAAAACGCACAAAAAAAGAAGUACAGCGUGUUACCUGAAGGCUAUUGAGACUCAGCCCAACUUUGCGGUGGCGUGGAGCAACCUGGGCUGUGUGUUCAACGCCCAAGGAGAGAUAUGGUUGGCCAUACACCACUUUGAGAAGGCUGUGACUCUGGAUCCCAACUUCCUGGAUGCCUACAUCAACUUGGGCAACGUUCUGAAAGAGGCUCGCAUCUUUGACAGAGCGGUGGCUGGCUACCUGCGUGCCCUCAGCCUGAGCCCCAACCACGCCGUCGUCCACGGCAACCUGGCGUGCGUCUACUACGAGCAGGGUCUUAUCGACCUGGCUAUCGACACGUACCGCCGCGCCAUCGAGCUGCAGCCCCACUUCCCCGACGCAUACUGUAACCUGGCCAACGCCCUCAAGGAGAAGGGCAAUGUAAGGAAGAACACGGUAUCCGAGGCUGAGGAGUGUUACAACACGGCCCUGCGUCUGUGUCCCACCCACGCAGACUCUCUCAACAACCUGGCCAACAUCAAGAGGGAGCAGGGCAACAUCGAGGACGCCGUCCAGCUCUACAGGAAGGCCCUGGAGGUGUUUCCAGAGUUUGCUGCGGCCCACUCUAACCUGGCCAGCGUUCUGCAGCAGCAGGGGAAACUCCAGGAGGCCCUCAUGCACUACAAAGAGGCCAUCAGAAUCAGCCCUACGUUUGCUGAUGCCUACUCCAACAUGGGCAACACUCUGAAGGAGAUGCAGGAUAUCCAGGGAGCGCUACAGUGUUACACCAGAGCCAUCCAGAUCAACCCUGCCUUCGCUGACGCUCACUCUAACCUGGCCUCCAUACACAAGGACUCUGGUAACAUCCCAGAAGCCAUUGCGUCUUACCGUACUGCCCUGAAACUGAAGCCUGACUUCCCUGAUGCCUACUGCAACCUGGCACACUGCCUGCAGAUUGUGUGUGACUGGACAGACUAUGAGGAUCGUAUGAAAAAGCUGGUGAGCAUUGUGGCUGACCAGUUGGAUAAGAACCGUCUGCCCUCGGUGCACCCCCACCACAGCAUGCUGUACCCCCUCUCUCACGGCUUCCGCAAGGCCAUCGCUGAGAGGCACGGCAACCUCUGUCUGGACAAGGUACAGGCCCUCAUCAAAAUCAAUGCGCUCCACAAGCCAGCCUUUGAGUACCCCAAGGACCUGAAGGCCAGCGCAGGGCGUCUGAGGGUAGGAUAUGUCAGCUCUGACUUCGGGAACCACCCCACCUCCCACCUCAUGCAGUCCAUCCCCGGCAUGCACAGCUCUGAGAAGUUUGAGGUGUUCUGCUAUGCACUGAGCCCAGAUGACAACACCAACUUUAGGGUUAAAGUGGUGGCCGAGGCCAAUCACUUCACUGAUCUGUCACAGCUCCCGUGUAACGGUAAGGCAGCAGACAGGAUCCAUCAGGAUGGACUCCACAUCCUGGUCAAUAUGAACGGCUAUACCAAAGGAGCCCGCAACGAGCUGUUUGCCCUGCGCCCCGCUCCCAUCCAGUGUAUGUGGCUGGGCUACCCGGGGACCAGCGGAGCUCCCUUCAUGGACUACAUUGUGUCAGACAAGGAGACGUCCCCCUUCGAGGUGGCAGAGCAGUACUCUGAGAAACUAGCCUACAUGCCACACACCUUCUUCAUCGGAGACCACGCUAACAUGUUCCCCCACCUCAAGAAAAAGGCGGUGAUUGACUUCAAGUCAAACGGCCACAUCUUUGACAACCGCAUCGUUCUGAAUGGCAUCGACCUCAAGGCCUUCCUGGACAGCCUGCCUGAUGUCAAGGUGGUCAAGAUGAGGUGUGCCAGUGGGGACAGUGGAGUAGCAGAAACCAACGGGGCUCUGUCCAUGCCCGUCAUCCCCAUGAACACAGCAGCUGAGGCCAUCAUCAACAUGAUCAACCAGGGACAGAUACAGGUCAUCAUCAACGGAUUCACUGUCAGCAACGGACUGGCCACUACACAGAUACUUCCAUUGGAGGUGGUUGUAGUAUCAGGGUCUGUCUCCCUCCAGAUCAACAACAAGGCGGCUACAGGAGAAGAGGUGCCUCGUACCAUCGUGGUGACAACCCGCUCCCAGUACGGCCUGCCUGAAGACUCCAUCGUCUACUGCAACUUCAACCAGCUCUACAAGAUCGACCCUCCCACUCUGCAGAUGUGGGCCAAUAUCCUGAAGCGUGUUCCCAACAGUGUUCUGUGGUUGCUGCGUUUCCCUGCGGUGGGCGAGCCCAACAUCCAGCAGUACGCCCAGAACUUCGGCCUGCCCGGCUCCCGCAUCAUCUUCUCUCCCGUGGCGCCCAAGGAGGAGCACGUGAGACGGGGCCAGCUGGCCGACGUGUGUCUGGACACGCCCCUCUGUAACGGACACACCACCGGCAUGGACGUCCUCUGGGCCGGGACACCCAUGGUUACCAUGCCAGGUGAGACCCUGGCGUCGCGCGUGGCAGCCUCUCAGCUACAGUGUCUGGGCUGUCCUGAGCUCAUCGCCCACACCAGACAGGAAUAUGAGGACGUGGCUGUCAAACUGGGUUGUGACAUGGAAUAUCUGAAGAUGAUCCGGUCCCGUGUGUGGAAGCAGCGUAUCUGCAGCCCUCUGUUCAACACCAAGCAGUACACUAUGGAUCUGGAGAAGCUCUACCUGCAGAUGUGGGAGCGUCACGCCAGCGGCAGCAAGCCAGACCACCUGGUCAAACUGCAGCCCGUCGAGAGCAGUGAGAGCGCCUGAAGUUCCAGACCCAGGGUGUGUCCCAAAUGGCACCCUAUUCUCUAUAUAGUACACUGCCUAUGACCGAGGCCCGAGACAUAGGUAGUGCACUACAAAAAGGAACAUGGUGCUUUAUGGGACGCGACCCCCCCCUGAACCUGACGUCCCAUCAAUCGAUGCACGUCGCACCCACCCUGACCUCUAACCCCCAGAACUCUUAACUCCAGUCCCUCCAGAGCAGCAGAAGCAUCUGGGCUUGAACCCAAUCGCCCCUAACCCACCACUCUGCCCCUCCUGCCCAAAGCCUAGCGCCUAUCUGCUCCCCUUUAGCCCCCUUCAUCCCUGCCUCCCUCCCCUGUGACUUGGACUCUUGUCUAUUGUAGAGCCUGCAGGUGUGUCUCCCUCUACCCCCUCCCUGCCAUUCACCUCCCUCGUCAUCAUAUCCCAUCCAUGUUGGUUUCCCUGAGCCAGACUGAGCCAGAACCACUCUGCCCUUCACCUGAGACUCUUUCACCCAAACCACAGCAUCCACACUGGGUACGAGAGGAGGGACACCCCUUCUCCAUCCCUCCCUCCCUCCAUACAGCGCCUAGAAGAGACCCCCCUUGGUCUUUUCACUUCCCUUCUGUGUGUGUAUAUGGGACUCGUUAGGGCCUUGAGGUUUGAGAGCCAGUCCCAAGCCUCCAUGUAAUAGUUGAAUAUGUAAUAAGAGGUUGAUGUUAUAAGAGUACAAAGGGACUGUUGCACCGCAGUUUGAAGAUCUAGUCACUCGUCUUGAACUAAAAACAUUGAAUCAGCUUAAACAUGUUAAAACAUUGUCUUUAGUUUGCAGCUGCUCUUGGUAACUCUGCCAGGAUUUGAGUAAGAUAGUUUCAUUAUCAGAUUUCAGAGAGAAAGAUCAUAACCACUUCCUUCCCCCACCACCCAAAUGCCAACUUAAGGAUUUUGUCAUGUGUCAAUGUAAGAAAACAAAAAAGAUUUGAUGGCUUUGUCCUCUUGUUCGAUGUCACGCACUAUGCUUGUUAAGACCAAACCUUGUGGAUAAAGUGAGAGGAGUUUCCGUACUACCCCAUUGGAAUGGCCCUGUUUUUCUUUCACCCUUCGUUAUGCUGCUCCUCUCCCCAUGCAAUGAUUGAUUUUUAUCACUCAAACCAGGAAUGGCCUAGGUAAGUAUUUUCUGAGCAGUUUUAGUUUUGUACUCUUGCCUUUGUUUUAUUGAAGCUCUGUCUGGUAUGCUGCAAGGCUCUGACUCCAUGUCUGUUGAAAUAAAGAAAUAAGGCCAA